AUGUCCUCAGAGAUCCACAUGCCAGACCCAAUAUGUCUCAUUGAGAACAUCAAAGGACAACUGAGGGCUAAUCCAGAUGCCUUGGAGAUCCUGUCUGCUAUCACACAGCCUGUGGUGGUGGUGGCUAUCGUGGGCCUCUACCGCACGGGCAAAUCCUACCUGAUGAACAAGGUGGCUGGGAAGAAGGGUUUCUCUCUGGGCUGCACAGUGCAAUCUCACACCAAAGGAAUCUGGGUAUGGUGUGUGCCCCAUCCCAGGAAACCAGGACAUACCCUAGUUCUGCUGGACACAGAGGGCCUGGGAGAUAUAGAGAAGGGAGACAACCAGAACGACUCCUGGAUCUUUGCCCUGGCCAUCCUCCUGAGCAGCACCUUUGUAUACAAUAGUAUAGGAACCAUCAACCAGCAAGCGAUGGACCAGCUACACUAUGUGACAGAGCUGACAAAUCAAAUCAGAACAAAAGCCUCGUGGGGGGACAAUGAGGUUGAGGAUUCCGCUGAGUUUGUGAGCUUCUUCCCAGACUUCAUGUGGACUCUGAGAGAUGUGACCCUGAAGGUGGAAGCAGAUGGACACCCCCUCACACCAGAUGAGUACCUGGAAAAUUCUCUGAAGUUAAAGCAAGGUACCACUAAAAAAGACAAAAAUUAUAACCUGCCUCGACUCUGCAUCCGAAAGUUCUUCCCAAAGAAGAAAUGCUUUGUCUUCCCUCCACCCACUGAGUGGAAGAAACUUGCCCAACUUGAGACAAUGCAUGAUGAUGAGCUGGAUUCGGAUUUUGUACAACAAGUGGAAGAAUUCUGUUCCUACAUCUUAAGCCAUUCCAAGACUAAAACUCUUCCAGGAGGUGUCAAGGUCAAUGGACUUCGCCUACAGAGCCUGGUGCUGACCUAUGUCAAUGCAAUCAGUAGUGGGGAUCUGCUCUGUCUUGAGAACGCAGUCCAGGUCUUGGCCCAGAUAGAGAACUCCAUUGCAGUGCAAAACGCCAUUGACCACUAUGACCAGCAGAUGAGCCAGAAGGUGCAGCUGCCCACGGAGACCCUCCAGGACCUUCUGGACCUGCACAGGGCCAGUGAGAAGGAGGCCAUCGAAAUUUUCAUCAGGGAUUCCUUCAAAGAUGUAGAUCAACUAUUUCAAAAGGAGUUAAUGGCUCAGCUAGAUAAAAAGUGGGAUAACUUUAAUGAACAGAAUCUGAAAGCAUCAUCAGCUCAUUGUCUGACUUUACUUCAAGAUAUUUUUGGCCCUCUAGAAGAAGCAGUGAAACAGGGAAUUUAUUCCAAAGCUGGGGGAUAUCAUCUCUUUAUUGAGAAGACAGAAGAACUGAAGAAAAAGUACCUUCAGCAACCCAAGAAGGGGGUACAGGCUGAAAGGAUUCUGCAGGAGUACUUGAGGUCCAGGGGGCCUAUGACUAAUGUCAUUCUACUGAUGGACCAGACUCUCACAGAAAAGGAAAAGGAGAUUGAAGUGGAACGUGAAAAAGCUGCAUCUGCACAGGCUGCAGCAAAAUUGCUGGAGGACAUGCAGAGCAAGUAUAAGCAGAUGAUGGAGCAGGCAGAGAGGAGUUACCAGGAGCAUGUGCGACAGCUGACUGAGAAGAUGGAGAAGGACAGGGCCCAGGUGCUGGCCGAGCAAGAGAGGACGCUACAUCUCAAACUUCAGGAACAGAAACAACUACUCAAGGAGGGAAUCAGAGAAGAGAGCACAAAACUCCAGGAAGAGAUUCGGAAUAUGGACAUGAGAAACAAAGGGAAAAUGGAACAUGAAAAAGCUGAAUCUGCAAAAAUAAUGGAGGAAAUGAAAAAGAUGAAACAGCAAGUGAUGGAACAGAAUGAAAAGAGUCACCAGAAACAUGUGCACCGAUGGACUGAGAAGAUGGAGAGAGAAGGGGCCCAUUCAUUCGGAGCAGAGGAGAGGAUUCUAACUCCUAACUCUCAGGUUACCGAGACGUCUCAACUCAUGACCGCCCCUGUAUGUCUGGUGGAGAACAAGGACAAUCAGUUGUCAGUGAACCAGCAAGCUAUGCAGAUACUUAGCAGUAUUUCUCAGCCUGUGGUGGUGGUGGCCAUCGUAGGGCUGUAUCGCACUGGGAAAUCCUACCUGAUGAACCGCCUGGCAGGACAGAACCAUGGCUUCCCUCUGGGCUCCACAAUAAGGUCUGAAACUAAAGGCAUCUGGAUGUGGUGUGUCCCCCACCCCACCAAGCUGAACCAGACCCUGGUCCUUCUGGACACUGAGGGCCUGGGCGAUGUGGAAAAGCUCAUCAACUACCCACAGAGCACUAUGGAAGGCUUUGAAACACCUCUGACUGUGCUGGUUCCAUGA